AUGCCAGCCACUUGCGGGCAUCCCUACCGCUGUUCAGCGGGUCUGUCUUCCUUCGUUGUGUCACUUCUUUUACACUCCUUGAUAGACCUGCUGGUUUUUCAGGUUCGUUUCACAACAGCGUCAUCUGUGCGUCUCUAUCGGCCUUUGAUAGCUGUGCACAAAAGCUGUGGCAGUGAAUUGUUAAGAGGAACCUUUGAUCAAGAUGGAACCGGCAGCAGCUGCAGACCACGGAUGCUGAUGCUGGCGUCAAUAUCCCCGACACGUCCAGCACUUUUCGUGCCUCAUGCUUGUGGUCUGGAUCAGAGAGAAGGCAUACACGAAGAAGGGUAUGCGUGGCAUUCGUCCACUUCUUCGGAGUGUGGAAGGGAAUCCUCACCACGUCAGCAGGUGAAAAAUGAUGAUGGGCUUUCCUGGAGGGCCCUUCCUGGCCACCGACAUUGGCGUGCAGGGGUGAGGUUGUCAGGUCAUCACGCCAGCUCUUUGCGCAAGUUGGAGGCACUUUCAUUUGUCUUCGCAAGUGAAAAAUACUGGGUAGUAUUACCAUGGGGCUCUCCCGUGAGUCGUCUUUGCGCCGGGUCAAACCUAGGUUUCUUGAUUCCUUCUCUCAUACGAAACCUGUCGCGCGCCCAGAAAUUUCGCAGUGGCUCCAGACGACGUGUACCGUUCCUAACUGCACUCGCUUCGCCUCUGUCGAAGUGUAUUGAUUCCUCGUUGGCAGCAUCGUUCUGUCCACCGACCCCAAGUCCCCUCUGUUCGGAGGUUCAUUUUUUCUCACAUGAGACUAAAAUGCGCUCCACAUCAUGCUCAUACCAGCGGUGUCAGCUUGCGCCGCCUCCACAUGCACUGCGCGCUAUAUCGUCCGUGGUGCCGCUCCCAUUCUCAGCACACAUGCGGGUGUCAACAGCACAGUGGCCACGGAGCUCAAAGUGGCCUAUCUCUUAUGUUGACCGAGACGGAAGCCAGGAAUUCGCGAGACUGAGCCAAAGAGGAAGGAUUCUGUUAAAAGGUGGUUUGCAGAGAUUGGCGGGUAAAACUUCGAGUUUGAAGGAAAGCCUGCCUGACCUAGCGAAGAAUUCUGAAAAGGACACUAUUGAAGGUGAAGAAAUACUAGGCAACGGCGAAACGUCGAAGAGUGAUGCUGCCGAGGGACAGCUUCCUUUCCUUCAGUCAAAUGCGCUUCCUCGUUCGGACACAGUGGAGCGAGACAGGGUGCUACUUGGAGAGAAGCGCGCACGCCUCACGAUUACUCUCAGCAACAAUCAGGUCCAUGCUUGUGUCGUAGACAAUCGCCUACAGCGUACAUAUGCGUACGCGAACAGCUUCGACCCUUCCCUCCGGACGGAAAUCGGUUCCGUGCAACGGAAAAGGGGUUGGGCGCCACGUCCACACGGUGGAACCAUGAGGGCAGCGCGAGCAGUGGGCCGGCUCUUAGCACAGCGCGCGCUUCAGAAAGGCAUCAAGAAAGUAUUCUUUGACCGGAAAAGCUACCGGUACAUCGGCCGCGUUAAGGCGUUAGCCGACGGCGCUCGCGAGGGCGGUUUGGAGCUCUGA